AUGAGCAGCGUUCUUGGUGAUGCGCCUCCUGGAACGGACCUCACAGAAAAUCGCAAUCGCGAAUUCAAUGCCUCCGUCGCCACGGUAUAUGGCCUUGCUGCAAUUUCCGUGGCUUUACGUUUCUUUACAAGAGUCAAGAUGCAGAACUUCACGGUCAAAGCCGAUGACUGGCUGAUAUUGGUUUCACUCGCAUCUGUAACGUGCAGUUUCGCCCUUGCGAUAUCAGGGGGUCAAUACGGCCUUGGGAAACAUGUCUGGAUUGUACCUCUGUCUGAUGUGAUGGUAUUAAUAAAGCAGCCAAUGUUGCGACAGAUUGUCUGUGUCGUAAGUAUUGUUCGGAUCAAAUUUAUGGGCGAGCUCGCGAGAGCCAAGGAUGUCACAUUUAUCCUCGUUAACAUUUUCCUCUGGUCCUUCGUCGAGCCAUGCAUUGGCAUUGUUUGCGCCUGUCUGCCAACACUACGGCCUCUUCUUCAAAAAGUAUCACGUGUUCUAUUUGGAACGGAAUUUGGGAAGAGCUUUAGUUCUGGUCCAGGGAUUUCACCUGGGUUGGUGCGAACGCAACAAAGUACCACCGCGGACGGUACUAAGAAGCAGAAGAAUGGCUUUCAGAGGAUGAAAGGAGCCGUAGGGGAAAAGCCGGAAUCGGGAAAUGGUCGGAUGCGCUUGCGACCCACAGAAGAUGAGACUGCGCUAACGACAGUGUCCGCGCAGUUCGAGAUGGAUGAUUUUAUACGAAAUGGGGCGAGUGAUGCUGACUCUGAAAGCCAAAAUCAAUCUUCGGGGAUCAGAGUUAAGACGGACUUCGGCUGGCAGGAAGAUGUGCAGUAG